UUCUGCUUAUCGAUGUCUUGUGACGUUAUGUCGGAAUUAUUACAGAGAUAAAUGUGCAAUGAGAUUGGAGUCUUUAUCCAAGUGGAUAUCAUUUGUGAGCUUUGUAUGUCAGCUAUUUACUGAGUUACAGAAUUAUUCUGAUUUGCAAGAUAUUGUUUAUAACUGUUUAUUCACAUUGGUUGGACCAGAAUGUCUGCAGAAUGAUUCUGAGGUGGAUUGCUUAGUGACGCAACUGUUGUCUAUUGGUAAACAGUUGGAGGAGUGCAACCGAGAUGUUAUGGAUGAGUUAUACGACAACAUACGGGAUGCGUAUCUUGCUUGGAACAGUCCAGCGUCUUCAAGAUUACCGCUACUACAAGCAAUAGAACUACGUGCCAUGAAAUGGCAACUGGAUGACGAUGCUAAAGAAUACUAUUAUGGCGAGUACACCAUGUCGGCAAUUUAACGACACUUCCUGAAUGCAAGUACAGCAUAGCACAUGACUGCAACACCAGAUGGCUUGAUUGCAAUAUAGCAGCAUGGUUGCAGUGUAGCACAUUUCUAUGGUUACAAUUUGUAACGAAGUAACUUCACAUGUUAUUUUUUAAAACUGCAUACUGAUGCUAAAGUGACGUAAAGUUCAGUUACGUUAUCCUGCCAGCCUUGUGUAUUUUUACAUUGAUUCAACCGGAUACAAGUUAAAGCAGCACACAUGCUUUUUACAUUGAAUGUCUAAUGCUGUUGAUAAUGUAGCCCGAAGUUUGCAGUAAGACAGAAUUAUUUGUUAAUGACAGCGUAUGUGCAUUGAGACUUCUUUAAAAAUGACAAUAAUUAUGGUCAUUUAUUUCUUGGUUAUAUAAACAAAAAUAGUUUUGUUGUUGUUGAUAUCAGAAUAAUAAUACAAAUUUAAUUUUGGCAUCAUCAAGUAUUGUGUAAUGUGAAUAAUGUUUGAUUUGGACACA